AUGUCCCGGCUCGACGGAGUACUGACUGCAAAAGAGUUUUUAAAGAACCAGACGCUCGUCCAAGACUUCUUUUAUACCAAGGAUAUACAACUAUGGGUCUUAAACCACACUUUUGAGUUGUGUGAGGAACUUGUUUUAGGGAACAACAACGCGAAAAUGAUUCUUACAUCGAACAUGACUGUUGUGUUACAGGGUCUCAAUAAAGACAAAAGGAUAUUCCCCUUUUUCAUUGAAAACUUACAGACAACAGAUCACGGUGAGUUGAUUGAAACGAUUGGGAAAUUGCUUGGGAAUAUGCUCAAGUAUUAUACCAACAUUAACAUUGAAAACAUCGACGAGAUUCAAAAACACGUGAAAGUGCUUGUGCACAAUAUCAACUCAUACCCUAUUUGCGACUAUAUUAUUUCAUUACUAACACACGACACAUACCAAAAAUGUGAAACAUUGAAGCUGUUGUGCAAAGAGGGUGUCGUCCAUUUUUUGUUUGAAGAGUAUAUCAACCACAAAUCGUAUGGAGUGACGCGGAUAAUUAAAGAAAUUGUGUUGUGGAAGCACAUGUAUAAUGUAGGCAUAGUUGGUGAAGUCUUUGUAGACAACUGUAAUACGGAACCGUUACUUCCACAACUCUACUCUUCCAUUUUUGAGACACAAGAUGUCGACGGAAUUGAAACGGUUGGAUAUCUCCUCACAUUAAGUCCAAGCAAUGACGAGUUAUGUAAAAUACCAAUCGACGGACUUCCUUCUAUAUAUCGUCUUCUACUUCCUUUUUAUGGAAAAAUCAGUGAAUGGCUUACUUUGCCACAAACAACGGAACCCACUGUUGUGUUGGGUAAUGCGCGAAUACAAACAGUGUAUUUAGUCCUUUCUCUUGUUGUUUCCAAUUACUACGAAGUUUUUGCGUCGAUCAUCAAACACAAGAUCCUGCGAAAAGUUUUUGAUAUUUUCUUUGACAAACGACACAACUGCACUAUUGUCAGACAAAUGGUUGUCGACAUCGCAAUCAUUAUAUUGCAACAACAGAGUUCCCCUCUUCGAAACGAGUUGUUUGAAUAUGGAAUUUUAGAGAAGUGUAUAGACAUAGAUAAAUAUGCUGUUCAAUAUCGGGCAAAGCACAACAUGUACCCUGACAUCUUCGGGUUGAAUCAAAACAUCAUCAAAUCACUCUACUCACAAGACGACUUAGAAGACGACGAGUUUAUAAACUAUGUGGAAACGGUCAUAGCAGAUAGAAACUCAACACCAACUGUGUAUUUGUCUGAUAGUGUACAGACGUAUGAGGUGACCAGUGACUGGAAUGACGGACUGCCUAUUAUUGAUUAUGGUAUGUGA